AUGUUGAAACUAAAUCUGACAAUGAAAGAUAUUGAACAACUAAUUCAGUAUAAACAAGGAGAUUCUAGUAGACCCGUAGGUCUAUCUAAGCUCCAAUGGCAGCGACUUCAAAGGAAUGCAGAGAGGUUUCUGCUCUACAAUAACAAGUUGUACUACGUAGCCUGUAGCACAGAAGGCAAGAACCUGCUCGAAGUAAUCGGCAAUGAUGACUCUGUGAGACUAAAGAGCCUCGUCCAAGCCCAGCACAUCAAAGAGAAGCAUGCAUCGACAAAGAAUGUUUAUAGAUUCCUGCGAAAACAGUAUAUGGGCUUCACUCGACAAACUAUUCUCAGAAUAGCUACCGAUUGCUCUAGAUGCAACAAGCCUCCUCCACCAAAGCAAACCAUUCCCCUGCUGGAUAUUGAAGAUGUGCCGCCAAGAAUGCACUUGCUAAUUGACUUUAUUGAUAUGCGCUAUUGUGCCGAAGCAAACGAUGGAUAUGGAUGGAUUUUGACAACUAUAGAUGUUUAUUCUAAGUAUCUAGUGGCUAUGAAAAUGAAGCGAAAAACAGGCAAAGCUGUUGUUAAACAGCUGCAACAACAGUUUGCUGUGUUUGGUUGUCCAUGGAUAGUAAAAAGCAACAAUGACCCUGGGUUUGUCAAUGUUGGCGUCAUCGCUUUUAUGAAGGAGUUCGAUAUUGAAUACAGGCACGACUCUCCUCGGCCUCCACAAAGCCAAGGUAAAGUGGAGUGUGUUAAUCAAAGUAUAAUUCAGGGUUUGUUCAAGGAUAGAUCAAGUGACAAUCCCGAUCGUUGGAUUGAUCAGUUGAAUGAUGUUGUUAGGUCCUAUAACGAACAAUGGCAUCAAGCCAUCAACAAUACGCCUAUUGACGUGUGUUAUGGCUGGCCGAUGACUAACGGCCGCCCACUCCAGGAUGAAGAAUGUCAAAUGGUUUAUGACUAA